CACCGACUGUACUCUACAACCAUGCAGAUCUUUGUCAAGACCCUCACUGGCAAGACCAUCACUCUUGAGGUCGAAUCCUCCGACACUAUCGACAACGUCAAGUCCAAGAUCCAGGACAAGGAAGGAAUUCCUCCGGAUCAGCAACGUUUGAUUUUCGCUGGAAAGCAGCUCGAGGACGGCCGCACUUUGUCCGACUAUAACAUCCAGAAGGAAUCCACUCUCCACCUUGUCCUCAGAUUGCGUGGUGGUAUGCAGAUCUUCGUGAAGACCUUGACCGGCAAGACCAUCACCCUUGAGGUCGAGUCAUCAGACACCAUCGACCAUGUCAAGUCUAAGAUUCAGGAUAAGGAGGGUAUCCCCCCGGAUCAGCAACGUCUCAUUUUCGCCGGAAAGCAACUGGAAGACGGUCGUACGCUUUCCGACUACAACAUUCAGAAGGAGUCUACGCUCCACCUUGUGUUGCGCUUGAGAGGAGGUGUCGUCAAGAAGAAGUGUACGCACGUUGCUUGCUCCCAACCACGAAUGCCCAUUGUCGGUGACUGUGCACGAUGCGAAGGCAAGUUCUGCAGUCGCCACAGGUUGUUGGAAGAUCACUCUUGCCCAGGCUUGGGGGACUGCAAGAAGGAGUCUAAGGAGCGAAAUGAGCAUACGCUCAUGAGCCAGAGGACUGUCGCCAACAAGGUCUAAAUGGUUUCGUGAAGUGUAGCUGGUCUCAC